CCAAUCAGCUUCGAAAUUUGUUACGCUGUUCCACGCGCAACCUCCAAUCAAGCCUCGCUUCUCUUACUUUCUUCCCAUUGGUUGACCAAAGGAACUUUUGUUGCCUAGCGACGUAGCAAAGCAGUUCGUUUACGGAGAGAGAAGAGUGGAUCGGCAGCUGGGAUGCCAUGGAGAAGAUGAAGAAAGAGGCCCCUAGUCCGAUACCCGAAGAUCCUGAGGAUUCUGCUGUCCCGAUUUCCCCAGAGCGACAGAAGUCGCCCGGGGAUGCGGAGACAGCAGAGGUCGUGAAGAGCCCCCCUUCUGAAGAGCCGCCCACACCGGCCAAGGAAGGACCGGGAGAGGAGGCGACCAUAGGAGAGAAGCCAGAGCUAACGGCUGAAGAGCCGCCAGCGGUAGCAGAAGCGGACAAGGAGGCUCUGGCGAAGGAGCAUCCGGAGCACCCAACCUCGAGCGAAGAUCUGGGGGAAGCAGAGGCAGCGAAGGAUGUGGAGGACAGCACGGCACCGUCGGCGAUUCCUUCUCUGGAGAAACUGACCGAAGUGAGCAGGGCGCAGCGGGUUCCCUCCCAGGUAACGCUCCUCGGCGAAUUGCCCACCAGCGCCUCCUUCUCUGAGGGCGAGCUGCUGGAGCCGCCUCCGUUGCAGGUGGGCGUGGAACUGGGCGGCAGGAUCAGCCAAAGCCUCUGGGUGCUGGAGCAGAGGCACCUGAGCAGCCGGUCCUUAGUCGUGGGUGGCAGCCCCGAGAGCGAAGCGGGCGAGGAGGGACAAGAGACGGAGGAGCAGAUAGAGCAGCGCGCCGCGGAGGAACACCGGCGGCGAAUUGAACUCAUGGAGCAGUACCGGCAGCUGCUGGCAGAGCGAGGCCGCCUCCGCCACUACAACACGAAGCUGCAGAGCAAACUGGCCGAGCUCUUGAACAAGGCCAAGGGCAAGGAGCGCGUCCGAGAAGAACUAGUGCAGCACGUCUCGGACCGGGAGCAGCGCUACGGCCGCUACCUGGCCAUGCUAGAGGAGCUGCGGAACCAACAGGCGGAGGAGAUGGCCUGGUACCAGAAAGAGAUCGAUGCUCUGCAGCGGUCCUGCAGUCAGAAACUGGCCAAGGUGGACAGUGAAUGGAAGACCUACCAGGCAGUCAAGAAGGAGGUAGCUGUAUAUACCAUGGGGCGGCGGCUGGGAGGCAAACAAGCUGCCAUCAGGGAAGUAGACAAGAUCCAAGCUAAAGAACAAAACAAGGAAAGGGAGAUGACAGAGGUUCGUCUUGAAAAUAUAAAAUUUAAACACAGGAUCCAAAAACUUGAUGCAAGUCUAAAAGCCCAAGAAGAACUGGCAGAAGGCCUGCACUUAAUAGACUUUGAGCAGCUGAAGAUAGAAAACCAGACCUACAAUGAGAAGAUUGAAGAGCGUAAUGAGGAACUUCUGAAGCUCCGGAGAAAGGUCACCAAUACAGUGCAAAUCCUGUCUCAAGUAAAAGAAAAACUGCAAUUUGUGGAAGCAGAGAAUCAAGGCCAAAAGGCUAAGCUAAUGGCAGUGGAGGGUCUAGUAGCCCAAAACAGAGAUAUACUAACAAGGACAAAGCAGGUCCGUGAUAAAUUGCGAAUAGACAAUCAGAGGCUUCAGCAGAAAUGUGGUUUACUUGGAAAUACAUUGUUAUUGAGGGACUUUGAGGAGAAAGUUGAUGCUGCUGAGAUAAUGAAAGAGAGGUUGGAAACACUGAAGCGUCAUUAUGCUGGACUUUCCCUUACUUGCAAUGGAAUCAAGAAGAAAAUCAAAGGGGCAAAAUCUUUUCUGCCAUUCUAAAUGUCUUUAAUGGUAAACAGGACAAAGUGAUGUGUGAAAAAAAAUCAAAUAGAACAUACUUGUUUGCGCCUUUAGAUUAUAUUCCAGCAAUGUGUGUAUUGUCAGGAGUCAAUUGUGCCUCAGAACUAAAUAGCACUUUGAGUGCUUAUAUAAGCAGAAAGAUGGGGUAUCACUUUAAUAAUAAUACAUUCAUAAAUACCCUAUUAGUUUACAACCGACAGUAAAAAGUAUACAAAACUAAACUGGUAAUUGAAUCUUUAGUGUAUUCAAUUUUAAUGUAAAAAGUAGACUAUAAGGAAUAAGCAUAAUAAAAUUGUAAAGUGCUUAGCCUCCAUUUGAGACAUUUGCCGCCUUUAUGUGUUUUUAAUUAGGCAUAGUAAUAGACUAACCUCCAUUUUUUCUUUGCCCCUUUAAUAAUGUCAAAAUUGUCCUAGUAAAUUUUAAAAGAUGUUGUGUAUCAACAUCUUUUGAAAUGAAAUACAAGUUCAUUUAUUAUUUGGUUCUUUCCCCAGUAAAGAUGGCUCUCAACACUCUUAAAAAAUGUUCCUAAAUGUAUAUGUGUGAGAAGUGGGAGAUGACAGAAUGCUCGGGGAAUUGCGAUAGGGCAAAGGGCUUUGAAGUUUUUGGAGUGUAUGUGCUUGUUUCUCUUGGAGAAACAAUUCUGAAUAACUUAGUUUUUUCCCCAGUACACGAGGAGGGUAUACUUUUAAACAAUGUGGUAACAUUUGUCAGCUUGUCUGCUUUGAGUUUUAGGUGCUUUGCAACUGGAUUUGGAUGAGUAUUUCUUACUAGUUUUAAGUGGAAUUAUGUGCAUGUUUUUAAAGAAAGUUGUAACUUUAUGUAGCUUUUCCCACCAAAUUUACUAUAUAGUUUUUAACCAACCCUUUGUCUCAGUCUUUCAACAUCAUUAGAAUUGAAGAACCUUAUAGGAUUGGUAUCAAUAUUCACAGUGUGGUUACAGAACCACUCUAAGUCCAAAACAAAAAGCAGAAGAGCUUCACGUACCUGUGGCUUCUAUGUGUGUUGGGCUUUAGCAAAGUAUACGUGUGGCAGCUGGAAGAUAUGACUAAAUGUAAGGAAGGGAUAAUAUUUAGCACAUCAGAUAUAGAGAUAUUCAAAGCAUGUUGCUCAGUAUGAUAGCAAGUACUAUAUUAGCUCUGUUAACAAACCCCGGAAUAUGGUGUUUCCUCCACACUUUUUAAAAAAGGGGCUUGUUACAAAUAUUAGAUUUUUGUGCUGCUACCCAUGUUGUGUAUGAACAUAUUUAGUCAGAUUCUUAAUUAAUGACUCCUGACCUAUUUAUGUUUGUUUUGUGUGCCACAAAUCCUCAGAUCUCUCAAAGUGUGGAGUAACAUACCAGAAGCCUGGUUACACCAAAACAAACUUGGCCAUAGGUUCUCAAAAUCUAUACCAUAGUUUUGUGGGAUUUUUUUCUGGGUCUUAAUUUGUUCUUUUGUUCUUUUUUCUACUCUGUAUUAAACAUCUUUUGGGCAUACACAACUCUUCUAUAUCUUCUUUCUCAAAAUGGUGGGAAACUGUUACUAAUUUUCUGUGCCAUGUUUAGGGAAAAUAGUGUAUUUGCAAAAAAAAAAAAAAAAAUAGGGUUCAAGAGUUGCAAAUUGCCAGCUUCUUAUGUAAACAAUCCACCAAUCUUGAAGAAAAGAUUCCCUGGAAUAGUAAA